UCUGCGGAGUCUGCGCUGAUGUGUUAUAAAGCAGCGCUAGCUAGCUAGCCUACACAGCAUAAGUUGUCGUUCACAGUUUAAACAGUUCCCAACUUGGCUUAGUAACGUGUGUUCCUCGUUUUGAUGAACCAUGCCUUAUUAUCAGACUUGGGAAGAGUUUGCCAGAGCGGCAGAAAAGCUGUAUUUGACGGAUCCUCUGAAGGUCAGAGUUGUGCUUAAGUAUCGACACUGCGACGGCAACCUCUGUAUGAAAGUCACAGACGACGUUGUGUGUUUGCAGUACAAGACCGAUCAGGCACAAGAUGUGAAGAAGAUUGAGAAGUUGCACGGAAAAUUGAUGAGAUUGAUGGUCUCCAAAGAGUCCCAUAGUGUUGCGAUGGAAACGGACUGAAGGUUCUUCACAGACCGAGUCAAUUCGGACAGCAGUGUCUCUGCUUCUCUGAAGCUAAUUUGAAGAGCAUGGAAUUUAAGGGUGUGUUGAGGAGACGGAAAGAAAAAAUGUUCAGUUGCACGCAGCAGUCUUCUCAUGAAGAUCAGGUAUUUAUUUACUGUUUCAGGUGGACUUAAAGAUGGACCAUGGUCUCCCUUGUGAGUUUUUUAAUGUGGUCGAGUGACCUGCUUGCUAUUGGAGCACUUGGUCACAGAUUGUUGACAUAACAGCAGGUUUUUUUUUUUUUUUUUUUUUUAAAUGUUUUUUUUAAUUUCUUUUUUUUAUUAAAACCUGUAGCAGUGACUAACUCUGGUUCUGGAGAUCUACUGCCCUGCAGAGUAGUUCCUGCAUUAUUCACACACCCUAUCCAGUUGAGACCUUCAGUGAGAUCUGGAGGUUGAUCCUGUUGAAACCAAAUCCUGUAGAACAGCUGUAGAGUAAGGAACCCUUUCUCUGUACCCUGAGUCAGCCCAACAUCCUACAUGGAUCUUGGAGUCUCAGUUGUUGCAUUGAACUGAAAUAAAUGCUCCUGUUUUUGUGAUCUGAAACUUUUAA